AUGGAGGUCGAUUCCCAACUAAUCGACCCCGCCCUGUCCGACUCGACGAUGGACCACAACCCUUCCGCACGCGCUCGUGCCCCAGCGAACGACGACGACGACGAUCCCAUUGCCGCAACCUACAACAUCUUCCUCAAGCCCUCGUUGCCUGCCCACCGCAGAGUCAUGAUCUUGGAACACCCGAACAAAUCCGACGGGAAGAAGAUGGCCCGCGCCCCCUUGGAGAUCCGCAUGAAGACCAACACUGGCAUGAUAGAGGUGGACUACCCGAUCGACUACAACGCCUUCUACGACAGGUCCAAGGGCCUCAACUGGGGCACACACCUGCAAAAGAGCACCGAGGCCAAGAAGGGCGGCACUCACGGUCUCGCAGGUGGCUUUGGCGUCGGUGCGCCUCCACCGCGCGCGCGACCUGGGAGGGGACAGGACGAGGUGUUCGACCCGAGCACCGACUGGGCAGAGGCGUUGAGGAAAGACUACGUACUGCGCACACAGACCUUGGGCGGACAGAUGCCGGACACAAGCCAGGAGUCCAAGUACAUGGUUGGAGUAUUCUCCGGGCCAAACCUACACCUCACCCCCGCAACCUCCCUCAUCCACCUUCGCCCACAACUACACCACAUCGACGCUGCGACCGAGCAAGAACGCCUCGCCGCUUCUCGCGGCGCCGGUGGCGCCGGCGGGGCGGCAGCAACCAAGGACGUCGCGCGCGCGAUCCACAUGACGGUGAAGCAGAACACCGACGGCAGCGAGGAGAUCGUCCAGGAGACGAUGGCGGACCGGCUGAAGAAGGUGCAGCUCGAGGCGUGGAAGAAGAUGCGCUACGUGCACGAGGAGGCCAGCGACUCGUGGGCCGUCGCCGAGGAGGCUCUGUAUCUGCACCAGCCCGAGGGUGGCGUGGCGGCGGCGGCGGAGCAGGGCGGCGGCAAGGGCAAGGAGGCGGAGGCCGACGUGCUGAGCCAGCCCGGCCUGCCGGACUUGGUCGACAAGGUGGCGCGGCUGCGGACGGGGUGGGACGAGGACAGCAUGCUGGAGACGACGAGCGGCAUCUCGAGGCCCAAGAACGUCAAGAUCGAGAUUUCCGAUGAUGAGCCUGCCGAGUCUGCGUCCAAGGCGAAGGGCAAAGGGAGAGCCACCUCGACGACCACUGUGAAGGCCACACCCAGGGGUAAGAGAGCAACCACCACCAAAACCGCAAAAGCAGGGUCUUCGAAAGCUCAGAAGAACGAUUGA